GUACUUAAAGGUACUUCCGGUGUGAUGGACUAAUUAUGCCUUGCUGGCAGGGAAUACAAUGUUGAAAACUGGCAAAAAUAUCAAUUAAAUUUAACGUUCGAAAUGGCAUCAAAAGUGGAAACUAACUUCAUGCGUCUUCUAAGCCGCUGUGAGACCAUGGCAGCAGAGAAGACGAGAGACUGGAGGCUUGAAAAGUAUAUUGAUGCACUGCAGAACCAGUUGGGAGAACUGAGGAGAUCCCCCAGUAAACCUAACCAAGAGGUGCUUGCAAAUUACAACAGAAAGGUUGAGUUUCUUCGUGGCUUACUUGAAGCAGAAACAAUGUUAACUUCCACGGAUAAAGCUGCUGCUACACAGAAAUUAAAUCCAGGCAGAAACAGUUCUCAUAAUUGUAGCACUCCACAAACAAAAGAGCUGCAUCUUCAAGCUAAGGCCCGCUAUGAAAGUGAAAUGAGAGAUGAGCUUCUGGGGAAAUCAAGUCAGCAGGAUAAGGGUGGUGUGCGUCAGAGAAAAGCAGUUGAAGAGGAGGAGGAUGAUAUUGAUGCAGUAAUGCAACAACAUCACAAAAUGCAACAAAAGAUUGCAGAUGAG